AUGGCUUUGUUUCAUGGCUCUAAUUCCGGGCUUCAGGUGGGGGUCAAUAAUGGCACAAUCACUGCUGAGUCCCGAGUUCCUCGUAGCCUUGAUAAGCUUCCCUUCGUGCACGAUGCUGUGUAUGAUUCAUACGCAGAUCAGUAUGAUGGUGAAUAUCUUGAAGGUACAAGAACCGAUCUUCUUCGAGACAUCAGAGAGUGGGCUGUCUCGCUGCACGGGAAGUCUAUAUUCUGGCUCCAGGGAAUGGCUGGAACGGGAAAAUCCACAAUAUCUCGAGCGGUGGCAAGGUCCUUCAAGGACUCCAACCAUUUAGGUGCCAGCUUCUUCUUCAAGAGAGGCGAAGAAGACAGAUGGAACGCGAAGAAGUUUAUUCCAACAUUGACAAAUCAGUUGAUCCUCCAUUUUCCUGCACUACGACAUGGCGUGCAAAAGGCACUCGAUCUUGACCCUUAUAUCGCGUCGAAGGUGCUUAGGGAGCAGUUUGAGAAACUGCUGCAUCAACCGCUGUUGAAUCUUCAUCAUGAUCAACUCGGCCAACGACCUCAGAGUGCCAUUAUAGUGGUCGAUGCUUUAGACGAAUGUGAAGAUGAUCGAGAAGUCCAAAACAUCAUUGCCAUGCUACCUCUUCUACAGGAGGUAAAAGCGCUUCACCUUCGGAUCUUCUUAACUAGCAGACCUGCACUUCCAAUCAGCCUCGGCUUUUCGAAGAUUGGGGAUCAUGAAUAUCAGGACCUUGCUCUUCAUGAAAUACCUAGGCAAGUGGCAGAACACGACAUACGUUUGUUCCUACGGGACCGAUUCACGAGGAUCCGACAUAAUAGACGCAUUUCUCAAGACUGGCCAGGCGAUGAAGUUAUCCAACAAUUAGUCUCGAUGUCUGUUCCACUCUUUAUUCUGGCUGCUACUAUAUGUCGCUAUAUCGAAAACUCGAGAUUAGAGCCAAAGUCACGCCUUGCAGAGCUUCUAGCGGACCAUACCAAGUACAUAUCGAAGAUGGAUAAGACAUACUUACCAAUCCUAACUCGACUACUCGACCUAGAGAGCGAUGAGCCAGAUCAGCAGAAGCUUCUACAAGUAUUUCAAGAGAUAGUUGGUGUUAUUAUCCUUCUGGCUACCCCGUUAUCUAUCAAUGCGCUGUCGCUACUUCUUGGGUUAGAGGCAGACCAGAUCAGCGAUUUAUUAGAUUCAUUUCGAUCGGUGUUAAAUGUUCCCAAUGAUCGAGACCAGCCAGUCAGAAUCUUACACCUUUCGUUUCGGGAUUUCCUAGUCCAAUCUAGAACAAAAUUCCAUGUGCAUGAGGCAAGAAAACACAAAGACAUUGUCAAGUCUUGUCUCAAAUCCAUGCGCAGGUGUUUACGGAAAGACAUAUGCAACCUAGGAAGCCCUGGAAUACGUCGGGCAGAUAUCGAGUUUCAUCAAAUCCGCCAUUAUUUACCACCGGACCUACAAUACUCUUGUCAUUACUGGAUAUACCACCUUGAGCAAAGUCAGAUUCAUGGAUACUCUGAGGUAGAGGAUGUGCAACUGUUUCUUCAGAAGCAUUUCCUUCACUGGGUAGAAGCAAUGAGUCUGCUAGGCCUUAUCUCGGAGGUGGUGGGAAUGCUGAAUCCCCUUGCUAAAAUUAUAUCAAGCUACAGUGAUUCCAUCAUGUCUAAAUUUUUAUAUGAUGCCAAACGCUUUGUUAUGAAGAAUCGCCAGAUUGCCGAUGAAGCACCACUUCAGAUCUACUUGGGAUUAUUAUUUGCACCUCGAACAGCAACGAUAUAUUCAGAGUUUAAGCAAGACAUCCCUAGUUGGAUACGUCUGUUUCCACAAGUGAACGAAACAUGGGAUACAGAACUACAGGCCCUAGAGGGCCAUUCAGAAUCGAUUAGUUCGGUGGUCUUCUCGCCCGAUGGCCGGCUGCUAGCAUCCAGCUCCAAUGAUGGCACCGUCUGCCUCUGGGAUGUAAUAGCGGGUACGCUCAUACAGACUCUCGAGGCACCUUCAAAAAGCGUAAAUACAGUGACCUUCUCGCCUGAUGGUCGGCUGUUAGCGUCUGGCUCUUUCAAUGGUAAAGCGCGGACAUGGGAUAUGGUGACAGGCGCGCUCGCACAUACUUUCGAGAUCCCAGGAUCAGAUUAUUUGGCUGCCCAAGUGACCUUCUUGGCGGACGGUCAGCCGCUCGUAUAUAGCGUGGAGAGACAAGUAGAUAGUAUAGUGCGUCUGUGGGAUAUAAAGACGACCACGCUCGCACAGACUCUCGAGGUCUCGGGGUGGGUUACGUUUGUGAUCUCCUCACCUGACGGUCGGCUGCUGGCGUCUGUCUCAAACAGUAUGGUGAAGCUAUGGGAUAUCAAGACGGGCAUGCUCACACAGAUUCUCGAGGUCCGUUCGGCAAAGGUAGAUUCGGUGACCUUCGUGACCUUCUCGCCUGACGGUAAUAUGUUGGCGAGUGUCUCUGACGACUUUAGUAUUCCACUCUGGGAUACGAAGACGGGUGCACUCGCCCAAACUCUCAACAUUUUUCCAAAAAGCGUUUCGUUCAUGAUCUUCUCGCCGGACAGUCGGCUGUUAGCGUCUAUUUCUGACGACCCUCCAGUGCGACUUUGGGAUAUAAAGACAGGUGCACUCGCAUAUAUCUUCAACUUUACAGCGAGCAAUGUUUAUUCCGUCGCUUUCUCGCCUGACGGUCAGCUGCUAGCGUCUGGCUCUGAGGACGGCAUUGUGCGACUAUGGGAUAUAAGGAAGGGCUCGCUUGCACAGACUCUCGAGACCCAGGAGAUUCAUUCUAUGACCUUCUUGCCUGACAAUCGGCCGUUACUGUCCAUCUCCCACCCUUUAGUGCGACUAUGGGAUGCAAUGACGGGCGCACUUGUGCAAACUCUCAAGGUCCCUUCAAAAUGGGCCAAGUCAGCGACUUUCUCGGCUAACGAUCAGCUGCUAGCGUCUGGCUCUGACGGCAGUGUUGUGCCACUAUGGGAUAUACAGACGAGGACGCUGGCACAGGAUCCCGACGCCUCUUCUGACUAUUUUCAUGCUGUGUCGGUCACUUUCUCCCCUGACGGCACGCCCAAGCAGGCUCUCGAAGGUCAUUCAGAAUAUAUUUCCUCGGUAGUCUUCUCGCCUGACAGCCGACUAGUAGCGUCAGGCUCCCAGGAUCAAACAGUCCGAUUAUGGGACACAGCGACGGGCGCCCUGCAGCGGAUACUCGGCGACAAAUCGGGUUCAAUUUGGUCUGUGGCUUUCUCACCUGACGGUCGAUUACUCGCGUCUAAAUCCGAUCAUUUACUGGGGCUAUGGGACACCGCAACAGGUGUCUUACAACAGCGCCUCAAGAGCCAUGAACACGAUAUUAAAUUGGUGAUAUUUUCGCCUAAUGGACGGCUGCUAGCAUCUAGCUCCUGGGAAGCAGUAUAUAUAUGGAACACAGAAACGGAGACGGGCGCUCUGCAGCAGAGAUUUGUGGCCCGUUCGGACUGGGAGAUUACUUCUUUGGCCAUUUCACCUAGUGGCCAGCUGCUUGCUUCCAGCUCCAAUGAUACAGAAGUGCGCCUAUGGGAUAUAGCGACUGGUAGCCUGCAGAAAACUUUGACUACAGAUGGACUAGUCACCAAACUCAAAUUCUCUGAAGAUGAUUCACGCCUCAGCACUAGCCGAGGAACCCUUCAUAUAAGGGACAGCCCAAGCUCCAAUCCUCCCAACACAAAGCCAGACAUAUUUCUGGGGCAAAGUUGGGUAUACCUGAAUGGAAAACCAGUAUUGUGGCUUCCUCCGGAGGCUCGACCAAAUUGUACAUCCGUUAGAGCGAACAAAGUCGCCAUCGAGGAUGUAACAGGUCGGCUUUUUUUCAUUGAUUUCGCAUAG